AUGGAAUUAGGAUUUGAUUACUGUCCAUUCGAAAGCUUUGUAUCACCUAAAAGAAAACGAUUUGAAACCAAAUCUAUCCGUCUACAAAGCAAUGUCAAUCUUGAGAACAUAGCCAAACAAAGAGGAUCUGAAGAACUAACUAAAGAAUGCUGGAAAUUGUUCAAGGACUUGAAGCCUACCCCCCAAGAAAAGGUUCAUCGUGAACAAUUUAUCAUCAAGCUCAAAACAAUUUUGAAAAACUCUAUUCCGGAUAAAAAUUUAGACCUUUUUGUAUUCGGCUCCACUGAAAGCCGUUUAGCCAUUCACCAGUCUGAUAUAGAUGUGUGUAUUGUAACAAGAGGGAAAGAACAACUACGCUCUACCUGCCAGCUGGCAUAUAUAUUACACACCUGUAUGCAGAAAUCAAGAAGCUAUCAGAAACUGACCAAUUGUCUAGAUGGAAUGAAGAGAAUUACUUGUGUACCAAGAGCUAGAGUUCCCAUUGUAAAAAUUUGGGAUCCACAACUAAACAUCAGCAGUGACAUCAAUAUCAACAAUGAUAUUGCAAAAUUAAACACGGAAAUGCUGCAUCUUUUCGUUAAGAUUGACCCACGCAUGCGAGCACUCGGACUAAUAAUUAAAUACUGGGCAAAACAACGAAGCCUUAAUGAUGCCGUCGGCUGCGGGACAAUCACUUCUUAUACACUUUCUUGUAUGAUUGUUAAUUUUUUGCAAACUCGAAAUCCUCGCUUGCUUCCUUCCAUGAUGGAACUGAAUGCCGGCCAGAAAAACAAUGUUCAAUUCACAACAAACCUCGGGAAUUUCCAGAAGGAUUCUCAUCGAAACAAGGCUUCUUUGGGAGAUCUCUUUUUAGACUUUUUCCGCUAUUAUGGAUUCUUUUACGACUACAAAGAGAGUGUCGCCUCCGUCAGGAGUGGAUCCAUUUUAAAUAAACGUGCCAAAGGGUGGAAUAUGGACAUGAAUAGUUCUUUAUGCGUUGAGGAACCAUUUAACACAUCGCGCAACCUCGCUAAUACGGCGGACGACACAAGUGUAAGAGGAUUACAAAGUGAAUUUCAGCGAGCCUUUCAUUUGCUUAAUGGAUACCCAGCUCGUCAGGCGCUGUCAAAUCUAAAUGAGGAAUAUCAAUUUCCUUCCGAGAUACAUGCUUCCUAUGAUAUGUACCCCAGUCCAGAUAUGCCUUUUUUCAUUGGUAAUAACGAAGUAAAUCCUUGGCCAGCUGAAGUUGAGAGUUUCCCGCACCCUUAUUAUCCACCUCAGACAAUCCCAAUCAACGACUGUAAUUCAAACUAUGUUUACUAUAUUCCGGAUGAGACAAAUUCACAAGCGUGUGCAGACAGGCAAUCGAGCUAUCAGUAUUCGCAAACAGGAGACUUAUAUUAUGGUAAAAAACCACCGUGGCACUACUUGCCAAGCGAUUCGUGGUUAGUCUGGUACCCUGGUCAGGAAGACUUUCGGCCUGCAAACAUGUUUCAGUAA